UGUGCCUGUGGGGAGCUCAUUUGUUAAAUGUGCCUUUCUCUGUCUCACUUUCAUUUGGAAAGUGGGGGUGGAAUCGGUGGCUUCCCAACGUCCUUUUUGAAAUCCAUGACUCUAAGACGCAGAGAUUUGUAUAGAAGGCCCUAAAAGAUGCCAAAGACACCAACUUUUUCAGCCUUCCUUCCUUGCCCAUUCAAACUCCCUUGUUCUUAAGGAACUUGGGAACAGCUUGGCUCCAGAGGGGGACCCCAGGGCACGGCUUCAGGCCAGUGGACUUUCAUUCCUUCCCUAGGCUCAAAGGAGCUCCCAAAGGAAACUUUCCAGGCAGGAAGCAGUGCCACAUUUCUAGCCCCUGAGUUUAAUCCUGGGUUUGGACAGCCCUCCCAGCCGUCCAGACGGAGGAGGAGAGGGCUGCUGCCUUCCCCCCCUCCAGCCGAGCAAGGGGAGGAGUACAGGCCAGUGGCCAGGCUGGGUGGGAGGGAGCUCCAUGCGGGGAGCUGGGAGACAAGGGGAGGCCCUGUUGAAGAGAAGCUCGACUUCAAGCCUCCCAAAUCCUCCAGCUCCUGGCUAGUGCGGCCGAUCCAUGCCUCCCCAAGAGGGCGCAGGAAGCGAGAUGGAAGAGUCCAAAUGGCAGAGCUCUGCUGCCCAGGACUGGCUUUGGACGCCUUAGAGGGAUAGGGAGGAAAUUCGCACUGCACCCGCGGCCCGGCGGCCCUGGGAGCAUCCGCGGAGCGCAGCGGGAGGCCCCGAGAGGCCGGAGGUUUCCCUGUUUCUCCCGAGGCAAGCUGUGUAAGUGCAGUUAGCAGUUCUGAGCUCCAAGACAUCAGAGUCGGCGGUUCACCGGCGGAGGGCUUUGCCGCGCCCCAGGGAGCUGGGGGCCGGGAAAGGGAGGGAAUCUCCGCAGCACAGCACGGCACAGGCAAGUGAAGAGACAAACAUAACCCUUAGGAUUGGUGACCAGAACCUAACAAAUUGUACCAUGUUGCAUAGGAACAAGCACAGAAACUACUAGGAAAGUAUGAUGACUUUAUUUUGGUAUGCUUGCUUCAUAGUUCUAUCUAUUCCUUCUCUUGAAGCUGGUCCUUGUGUGGAGUCUGAAGAUAAUAUAGUACUUGUUAUUUCUGAAGAUGAACUUGCUAUUCAUAAAUGUAGUUUGAACAUAUAUGACUCUCACAGAAACAUAAGUUGGUAUGGAAGUGAUGGGAAUACUGUCAUCUCUAUGGAUCAGAAUUCUAGGGUUCACCAGCACAGAGAGAUGCUUUGGUUUGUUCCAGCUUCAGCAGAUGACUCAGGAUAUUAUUACUGUGUUGAAAGAAAUUCUACCCACUGCCACAAAAAGAAACUCAAGGUAGAAAUUUUGAAGAAACAUCCUGGAACGUGUUAUGAUAAGCUAUCUGAAUAUCAACAAAAAUUACUUCUAGGAUCUGGUGGUUACCUUGUGUGUCCCCAUUUGGAUAUUUUUAAAGAUGAAAAUUAUAAUCUACCUAAAGUUCGGUGGUUUAAGGAUUGCAAACCUCUCCUUGGCAAUACAAAAUUUAAUGGACUAAAAGAUAAUCUCUACCUAGAUAAUGUACAGAAAGAAGAUGAGGGGCACUAUACUUGCCUUAUAUCCUAUGGCUAUAUGGGGAAGCAUUAUAACAUUUCUCGGGUAAUACAGCUAAAUAUUAUGGAUAAAGGAAAGAAAAUUAUGCCAGUGAUUCUAACUCCAAAAAACACAACAAAGGAAGUGAAACUUGGAUCUCAAUUGCUUUUGGACUGCAACUUCACAGGUCAAAAGAAUGACCUUCAAUAUUGGACUUGGAAUGGAUCAUUUGCUUCCUAUGAACCUAAUAUUACAUUGUCUGAACUUCCAGCUUUGAAUUUAAACAAUACGGACAUUGUUACAAGGGUUUCCAGGCUGGUCAUUUUAAAAGUGGAAAGUAGGCAUUAUUUGUACCCAUUUUUAUGCUGGGUUAUCAAUGAUGCUGGUAUAGUUACAACAUAUAUUGCCUUGAGACCACCAGUCUCAGAUUCCAGAAUGUACCUGAUUGGAGGAUUCAGCGCUUUGGCAUUAAUGGUUGCAUUCUCUAUAUUUCUCUACAAAUUCUUCAAGGUUGAAAUUGUGCUUUUGUAUAGGGAUUCUUGCCAUCCUUAUUUCCUGAAAAAAGAGGAAGAAAUGAACAGGUCUGGGGGCAUCCCAGAUGAAUUCUGUUUGUUUAGCAUCACAGAGGAAAAAACAACAACUAAUCACUCACCAGUCUACUUAAAGGAGAGGAUGGUGGAAUUUAUGGCUUCAGAUGGAAAAGUCUAUGAUGCGUAUAUAUUAUAUCCAAAAAAUUUUGAAGAAGGGUCCACUUACAUCUCAGACAUCUUUGUCUUUAAAAUCUUGCCUGAAGUCUUAGAAAAUCAAUGCGGAUAUAAUCUGUUCAUCUAUGGAAGGGAUGACCUUGUUGGAGAAGAUGCUAUCAUGGUGACCAAUGAAAACAUUCUGAAAAGCAGAAGACUUAUUAUUGUCUUAUCUGGAGAGCAAUCAAAUUACAACUGGCUGGGAAACACAUCAGAACAGCAAAUAGCUAUGUAUAAUGCUCUUGUCCAAGAUGGAAUCAAAAUCAUCCUGGUUGAACUAGAAAAAAUUAAGAGCUAUGGGAAUAUGCCAGAAUCUAUUAAAUACCUCAGACAAAAGCAUGGUGUCAUUCGAUGGAAAGGGGAUAUCAUGGGAGAAGCCCCAUCUGCAAAGACAAAGUUUUGGAGAUGUGUCAGGUACCACAUGCCAGCACAGUGUCAUGACUCUUUCUCCACAAGGGAACCCCUGGUCCUAGACUCUUGUGCUGAACUCUAAGAAGAAAUAGCACAUGGUACUUUGAGCACUCAGGGAAGCUCUCUGAAAGAUUGCACACAUGACCAGCUGCCUGUUUGCCUUAAAGGAUUUCCAAGCUGGACACACUGUCCCUCCAGUCAUGAGGUGUGUGUGUGUGUGUGUGUGUGUGUGUGUGUGUGUGUGUGUGCGCGUGUGUUUGUGUUUCAGUGUUAAGAGUAGUUCAUAGAGGAGCAAAUCAUUAACAGUGAAGGAACUUAGGUCAAGGAUGGAUGAGGGACACGAUGAAGUGAAGGAAUAUUAAAUAGGGGAAAGAAGGAGAGGGUGGAAAACCUCUACAAUCCUCCUUUUAAAGCCAGCAUUAUGAAACACACCAGCACAUAAAAUAUAAAACUAAGAAGGAGGAAUAUGCAGUAAUUGAGGAUAGAUUUAAAAACCAGUAACUGUUUAGAAAAGGUAUCUGGUAGCUUCAGAAGGCAAAGCAACUAGAAAAUUCCUCCCCAAACUGGGUUGUUAUUGUUGUUUUAAAUUCUUGAGCAAACAGCAUUUCAGCAAGGAAGAAUUUCAGAGAUAUCUUUACAUCCACUUUGUACUGGCUCGAUCCAUUCACAUUUACUGCUGGCUGGCAGUUUGCAAAGAAUGAGUGAGAAUUUUAUAUUGAGACUUUUAAUUGUAUUAGUGGUUAAAAUAAUUCUCUUGGACUGCAAAGCUUUUAAAAUGGCAUUUUACCUUAGGUUUCUGUAGUGAUAGUGACCUAAAAAUAAAAAAGGAAGUUAUCUUUUAUAUCUGGGUCAAGAUUUCACUGGAACACAUAAUAGUUUUUUUUAGAGGCUGGCCUCAAAGGAAAUAAAAAUACAAACAUAUCUUAGAGAAAAAUAGAUUUCUUCUUAUAAGAUCGCAUACAUAGAGAUUUUAGAUGGGAGUUCCAGAUAACCUCAGUCAGUCAGCAAGCAUUUCUUAUAAUACAGUGGUAUAGUACUUAUGAGAAUGUCACACAAAAAAGAAAGAGGAAAAAGGUUCCUAUUGAAUGCCUUAUAAUAAAUUUUAUCUAUAAUGUUCUGCGAAGUAGGUUGGGAGUGUCAGGAAAAUGAUUUUUUUUUUUUUGGCGGGGCAAUGAGGGUUAAGUGACUUGCCCAGGGUCACAAACCUAGUAAGUGCCAAGUGUCUGAGGCUGAAUUUGAACUCAAGUCCUCCUGAAUCCAGGGCUGGUGCUUUAUCCACUGUGCUACCUAGCUGCCCUAGGAAAGUUAAUUCUAAAACAUGCUGGCUGUAACUUAGAAAUUUAUAUGAUGUGAAA